AUGACGGCACAAUUUUUGGAGAUUGAUUCUGUGCAAGGAAAGGUGAUCGUCGAUUCUUGGACAGCGUUCGCAAUGUCACGGAGCGACACCCACAAUCUAAACUUUCAAAAUAUUGCAGAGUACAUGGUAUUCCGAAAUGCGGAGAAUGGAUGGGAAUUGACUACACUACUUGCUCGCUUUGCUUAUAACAUUGUUUUGACUGAGGCUGAAUUGAAGUCCAUUGAGACAGUUCAGGCUCCAAUUCUAACUGCCGUGACAUUGACGAAUGAUUACUUCUCGUGGGACAAAGAGUACCAGCUGCAUAUUCAAAGCGGACAGUCAACGCCCUUGCUGAAUGCAGUCUAUUUCAUCAAAUGCUGGGAACGCAUACCAGAUGCAAAUGCCAAGGUCAAACUGAGAAAUAUCAUUUGUGGCCUAGAAAAAGGGUACAGUUCCCUCAAAUCGGGGUAUUUGCCGAAGAAUCCGACGGCAUCACAGAAUAUUCUGAAAUGGGUCGGUUGCUUGGAGGCAUUUGCCGCUGGAAAUAUGAUAAAAUCUACAAAAGAUGACUCCAUCACCUUCAUAUUGGACAAGGAUACGAUCUUCCCUGGACUUAUCAUGGCACAGUCCCAAACUGGAGGCCUCUUCCGGAUCGCCACUAGAACCAUGAAGCUCCACAGUACUGAAAAUAGCAAGCUUGACCUGAGCGAGCUUGUCGCACUCAUCGGCCGUUACUUCCAAAUCAGAGAUGAUUAUCAAAAUUUGAAUGCAACUGAGUACUUUGAGACUAAAGGAUUCUGCGAGGAUCUUGACGAAGGGAAAAUGUCGUUCCCUUUGAUCCGUGCUAUGUCCUCGGACGGUGGACUCCUCAAGUCUCUUCUGGAAUCUAGAAAGCAGAAGAAAUUCAUGAGCCCCGAAGAGAAAACGCUGGUGGUGAAGCAGCUGGAGGCGAACGGAAGCUUGGCGUAUACCCUUGAGACAAUCAAAAGCCUACAGCAAGCUCUGUGGACAUGCCUUCACGACUUUGAAGUGCAGACCCAGACUCCUAAUUGGCUUCUGCGGAUUCUUUUGUACAAGCUUGCCGUCUAA